AUGGCGUCCUCACAGCACGUCCUGCUUUCGCCGGCGGAACUCGCCUACCUCCACGCGUCACUCAGCCUCACGCCUCCUAUCCGCCCGGACGGCCGUUCUCCUACACAGUUCCGCCCCCUCGUCGCUGAGACAGGCAUUCUCCCUGGCACCAAUGGCAGCGCACGUAUCUGCUUCGCCGACGGUACAGAGGCCAUUGUUGGCGUUAAGGCGGAAGUCGAGAGGACGAGGACAAGACACGAUUUCCCCUCGCUAGAUGAAAGUGCUGAGGACGAUGAUGACUUGGACGACAACCAGAACGACGUGGUGAAGGGUGACAACGACUGGGUAGAGAUGACGGUGGAAAUUCCCGGGUACAGAGACGACGACGCGGGGACUGUUUUCCUCUCCGCCAUGCUUAGCGAAGCGCUGUUGGCGGAUGGCGAGUUUACGAAGAGGCUGUGGAUCAACCAAAGGUUUCACUGGAAGCUCUACCUUGACAUUCUUCUGAUCUCCCCGCCGCUUUCAUAUCCCCUCCCCCUCCUUUCCCUAACCACACAUCUCGCCCUCCUCGCGGCCCGUCUCCCACGCCUAAAGUCCGAAGGCGACGAAGAUCCCCUCUUCGACGACGACUGGGCUGCCGCUCCCUACCUCUACCCCAGACCUUCAGAGAAGGGUUCCAAAGCGACGGCCCCAGCCCCCGCUGCCAGGCCACCCGUCACCCUCCUCGUCAUGGCCGUUGGUAACAACAUCAUCUUCGACCCUUCCAAGGAGGAGCUAGCCGUCGCCGACGUUGCGCUGGCCGUUUCCGUUGGCGAAUCUUCCUCCUCCACCACCACCACCACCACUUCUACGACCAGCAGCAAACCCACAGCAAUGGACAUCGACACUGAAGAGACAAAAGGACACAACCUCCGCCUUCUAUCGGUGCGAACAAUCGAUCCCCCUUCGCGAUUGACCCCUCCUGGUAUUCCCAACGCAAGCAAUAGCGCUUAUGGAGCGAAUGCGGGCGCGAAGGAUACCGAGAAGAAGAAGCAGCAGCAGGAACAGGCGAGGACAGCCGAGUCUGAGGCCGUCGAGGGUGUGUGGAAGGCACCGAGAGGCGGCGCCAAGACGUUGGUAAUGGCUACGAUGGUGCAGAAGGUGUUGGAGAAGGGAGGCGUGGCCGAUGAGGUGUUGGAUGCGCUGGAUGGGGUUGAUUUGAACUGAAGGUUGAAACUAAGCUAGUGGCACUACUAUCUGGUUGCCGAGGAACGCCAGGGUAUAUCGGCCAGGGUCGCAAAGCACGCUUCGCUACUUCUUGUCCGGUUACCGUUCAGGCACAUGGGUCUGUGGUGUUCGGAAUAUCGGAAGAGGCUCAGAGCUUGGGCGUGUACAUGAAAGAGGCAUAUCCACUCGUGUAUCGUAUAAAUUGCGGGAGCCUUGGCCAGUCACACUCAAGAGCUGUGGUACGUGGCGUGCUCGGGGAGCAAGAUAGAUGGAGGCUUGAUGAUAACUCAAAACAAGAUACCCCUAUUCCAAAAUCU